GCCCUGGAUCCGCUGGUUCCGUAACAACAUCCCGUUGGCUUACUUCAGGCAGAGGGGCCGGUGCAGCCGCCGCCUCCCAGGAGCGCCGCCCGCCUGGGCCUGCGCCCUCCCCGGCCCAGGCCGCCAUGGCCACCAACCCGCAGCCUCAGCCUCCUCCUCCCGCGCCGCCGCCUCCCCCGCCGCAGCCGCAGCCGCCGCCGCCGCCGCCCGGCCCCGGGGCUGGCCCGGGCACGGGCGGGGCGGGCGGCGCGGGGGCCGGCGCCGGGGACCCACAGCUCGUGGCCAUGAUCGUGAACCACCUCAAAAGUCAAGGGCUCUUCGACCAGUUCCGCAGGGACUGCCUGGCCGACGUGGACACCAAGCCUGCCUAUCAGAAUCUGAGACAACGUGUUGACAACUUUGUUGCAAACCACUUAGCAACUCAUACGUGGAGUCCGCACCUCAAUAAGAACCAGCUAAGAAACAAUAUUCGACAGCAAGUGCUCAAAUCAGGAAUGUUGGAGUCUGGUAUUGACAGAAUUAUUUCUCAGGUUGUGGAUCCAAAGAUUAACCACACAUUCAGACCUCAGGUGGAGAAAGCUGUGCAUGAGUUUUUGGCCACGCUAAAUCACAAAGAGGAAACAGGUGGCAGCACAGCCCCCGAUGAUGAGAAACCAGACUCUUCCAUCCUUACACAAGGUGUCCCUGCCCCUGGGGCCAGUGCGAAUGUGGCCAGUGAUGCCAUGUCAAUCUUGGAAACCAUCACUUCUCUUAACCAAGAAGCUAGUGCUGCCAGGGCUUCGACAGAAACAUCAAAUGCAAAGACCAGUGAGAGAAUACCCAAAAAACUCCUGUCUCAGCCAAGCACUGAGACUACUGCUGAGAAAGAGAGAACUUCAGAGGACACGGCUGAUAAAGAAAAAUCUACACCUGACUCUGCAGGGGAAGGACAGGAAACAGUCCCUAAGUCUGAAGAAUUUAGUGAUCUCCCUUGUCCAGUUGAAGAAAUUAAAAAUCACAUAAAAGAAAGUAAUAGUUCAGUUCUGCUAAAUAAGGAUGUUCAACAAGAAAGCAGUGACCAAAAAAAUAAAUCAACAGACAAAGGUGAAAAGAAGCCAGACAGCAAUGAAAAGGGAGAAAGAAAGAAAGAAAAGAAGGAAAAGACUGAAAAGAAAUUUGAUCACUCAAAAAGGAGUGAAGAUGUCCAAAAAGUAAAAGAUGAAAAACAAGCAAAGGAUAAAGAAGUAGAGUGUUCAAAACUUCCCUCAGAAAAAAACAAUAAUAAAGCUAAAACCAGCGAAGGGACCAAAGAAGAUUUCUCUUUGAUAGAUUCUGAUGUGGAUGGACUUACAGACAUCACAGUUAGCUCUGUCCACACCAGUGACCUUUCAUCUUUUGAAGAAGACACUGAGGAGGAAGUUGUAAUGUCUGACAGCAUGGAAGAAGGAGAGAUUACAUCAGAUGACGAAGAAAAGAACAAGCAGAACAAAACAAAAACUCAAACCAAUGAUUCCAGUGAAGGAAAAGCAAAAAGUGUACGGCAUGCUUAUGUUCACAAACCAUAUCUUUAUUCAAAGUAUUAUAGUGAUUCUGAUGACGAGCUUACUGUAGAACAACGGCGGCAAUCUAUAGCUAAAGAAAAAGAAGAGAGACUUUUAAGAAGGCAAAUUAAUAGAGAGAAACUUGAGGAAAAACGAAAACAGAAAGCAGAAAAGACAAAGUCUUCAAAAGCUAAGAAUCAAGGCAAAAGUAGUGUGGACUUAGAAGAAUCAUCAACAAAGAGUUUGGAACCCAAAGCCCCCCGAAGUAAAGAAGUCCUUAAAGAACGGAAAGUUUUAGAGAAAAAGGUAGCCUUAAGCAAAAAGAGAAAAAAGGAUUCCAGGAACGUUGACGAGAAUUCUAAAAAGAAACAGCAAUCUGAAGAAGAUUCCAAAGAAACCCUCAAAACAAGUGAGCAUUGUGAAAAGGAAAAAGUAUCUUCUUCAAAGGAUUUGAAGCACGUUCAUGCAAAGAGUGAACCAAGUAAACCUGCUCGGAGACUUUCAGAGUCUUUGCAUUCAGCUGAUGAAAACAAAAAUGAAUCCAAAAUAGAAAGAGAACAUAAAAGACGGACAUCAACCCCUGUUGUGGUGGAAGGGGUGCAGGAAGAGACUGACGUGAGAGAUGGGAAGAGGCCAGUGGAACGGUCAGAAAGUGGCACAGAAGAACUCCAGAAACAGAAAUGCACACUUAAAAAUGAAAAGCAUCUAAAGAAGGAUGAUUCUGAAACACCACACUUGAGAAGCCUGCCUAAGAAAGAGACAAAAUCCUCCAAGGACAAGCCUGAAAAAGAGAAAACUUUGUCAGAAGACAAACUGUCUACAAAACAUAAGUAUAAAGGUGACAGUACACAUAAAACAGGUGAUGAGACUGAGCUUCACUCUUCUGAGAAAGGCUUAAAAGUUGAUGAAAAUAUUCAGAAGCCAAGUCAACAAACAAGGCUUUCUUCAGAUGAUAAAGCUGAACGAAAAAGUAAACAUAGGAAUGAAAGGAAAUUAUCAAUUUUGGGCAAAGAUGGUAAGCCAGUUUCUGAAUAUAUUAUAAAAACCGAUGAGAAUGUUCGUAAAGAAAACAACAGAAAAGAGAAACACGGGUCAGCCGACAAAACUAAGGCAGAGCACAAAUCAAGAAGAUCAAGUGAUUCUAAAAUUCAGAAAGAUUCUCUGAGUUCCAAGCAACAUGGAAGCACAUUACAGAGAAGAAGUGAAAGUUACUCAGAGGAUAAAUGUGAUAUGGACUCAACUAAUGUAGAUAGUAAUUCAAAAGCAGAAGAGGUUAUUCACAAGGAGAAACGAAGAACCAAGAGCUUGUUAGAAGAGAAACUUGUGUUAAAGUCUAAAUCCAAGAGCCAAGGCAAACAGUUAAAAACAGUUGAAACAGAAUCACAAGAAAAUGUCACGAAACAGGUGACCACUUCAAAACCAGAUAAGGAGAAGAACACAGAAGAAAGUGACCCAGAUAGGCUGCGGAAGUCUAGAGUUGAAGACAGACCUUCUGAGGAAAGUGGUAUGGAACCUGCAUCAGAGAGCACUGCCUCUUCAACACAUGGUGCACAGAGAGAGUCCAGUCACAAAACGAAGUUACCACUAGCAAAGGAGAAGCACAAGGGUGAUAAAGAGUCGAGCUCCGCCAGACUUGAGAGAAAGUUAUCAGAUGGGCACAAAAGCAGGAGCUUAAAGCAUAGUAGUAAGGACGUGAAAAAGAAGGAAGAAAAUAAAUCAGAGGACAAGGAUGGUAAGGAAGUUGACAGCAGUCAUGAAAAGCCCAGAGGAAAUAGUUCAGUCGUGGAAAAGAAAUUAAGCAGAAGGUUGUGUGAAAAUCGAAGAGGAAGCUUAUCCCAAGAAGUGACCAAAGGAGAAGAAAAACCAGCUGCAAACCCUUUGGGCACUCCCAGUAGUUCCUCCCUUCAGAGACCAAAAAAAAGUGGUGAUCCUGCCUUGAUCCCCGAACAAGAGCCAAUGGAAAUUGAUCUGGAGCCAGCCAUGGAAAAUGCAUUGGAAGUACCCAAAACCCAAAACAUCAGAAGCAGUAGUUCUCAGCAAGACAUUGACUUAGAAAAUAUUACAAAACAAAAAACCACUACAGUUCUAAAGGAUGAGUUACGAACUUCCACAGUAGAUUCAAAAACAGCAGCGCCAGCCUGUAAAUCAGGACGUGGAACAGGAACUGUUGGUAAUUCUGAAAAGCAUGCUGACCAUAAAAGCACCCUAACCAAGAAAGUGCAUCUCCAAAGUGCUGUGUCCAAACUGAAUCCUGGGGAGAAAGAGCCUGCUCAACAAGGAACUAAUGAAAUGAAUGUAGACUCCGAAACGAGUCAUCAAUUGUUACCUCGUUAUCUGUCAGAAAGUGACAGGGCACAAAAGAAUUUGAAAAACGCCACCAGACCCACUGAAGAGCAUGUUGCUCAAGGAGAUACUGCUCUUGAACAUUCCACAAAUGUAGACUCUUCCCUGUCGUUAAGUUCUGUGACUGCUGUGCCUCAGAAACAAUCUUAUGCUUCAUGUGUAACUCCUUUAGUUGACAAAAGAACUGUUUCAGAAGGUGGCACAGCCAGCACCUUGCUUGUGGACCACUCUGAAAUCCCUAACCAAAGCUUGACUCUUAGGGAAUCAGAAGUCCCUAGGGCAAGUGACAGCAAAGAAGGUGAUGCAGUUUCCGCAGUUUCCACAGUAGAUAAACCAGCAAAAGCAAGCAUGGAUAACAAAAGACACAUUCCAGAAGGUUCCCAGGCCACUGUACUCCACAGCAAACAAGGAAAAGUAAACAUGCCUCUUGGUAGUGAGUUAACAGACAUGACUAUGGAAAAUGAGAAUGUUAUCGAAGAAGGUGGCUCAAUGGACAUGGCUGGGAAAGGAAGUAACUUGAAUUCAAAGCAGACAAUUAAGGCUUCUGUAGAAAAUGGCCAAAAGGAUGGCAUUGCUGUUGAUCAGGUGGUAGGUGUGAGUACAGAAAAAGAUGCUGAAACUGUUGGACUUAAGCAUAGUAGAGGCCCAGUUGAAAUAGAAAACAUGCCAACUGAUGCUGACAGAAGGAAUGAAAACAGUGAGGUGGACACCAGUGCUGAAAGCAACACUGCAUCCUCUGUGUUACACCAAAGGAGCCGGAAAGCUGAGACUGCAACAGCCAGGUCUGGUAGAGCAGAAAAGACUUCCAUUGCCACCAGUACUGAAGGGAAGGACAGAGGUGUUCCCCUAAACCCAGUGAAGGAGGGGGAUGCCACAACCACGUCUGCAGAGACAGCAGAGGGCAGGGUGGCCGUGCCUUGCACAAGCAUCGAGGCGGAUGAAGGCCUCACGAUGGGUGUGCACUCCAGAAAGCACUCUCUUCACAUCGGGCUAGAAGCCAGGGAAGGCACCAUCUUUGCUGCAGCAGAGGAGGGUGGGGGCGUCGUCACAGAAGGAUUUGCUGAAAGUGAAACUUUCCUUACAAGCACCAAGGAAGGAGAAAGUGGGGAGUGUGCUGUGGCCGAGCCAGAAGAAAGAGUGACUGACCCAGUGACGGCUCCCGCGGGGACCACAGAAGAUGACGUCAAUAGCGCGGCACCCGAAGAGAAGGAUGAUGCUGUGACCAGCGCAGGCUCCGAGGGGAAGUGUGAUGGUUCUUCAAGUGGGGACUCAGGACUCGUGGAGGGAGCUGUUACUUUUAUUAGCGAGGUUGAAAGUGAUGGAGCGGUAACAAGUGCUGGCACAGAAAUCAGAGAGGGGUCCCUAAGCAGUGAAGAGGUGGAUGGAUUUCGGAGAAAUAUGAGAAUGGGCCCCAAGAAGGAAACUGAGGGGACUGUGACGUGUACAGGAGCAGAACGGAGAAGUGAUAGCUUUGUCAUGUGCUCAGUAGCUGGUGCAGGGCCACAGGAGGAGCGGAGGGUUACAGGGGCCCCUGAGGUCCCAGUAGAUAAUGACACGCCAGCGGGAGCCAGUCCCACCCAGGAAGGAGGCGGGUCUGUGAAUGACGGCCCAGAAGGUGAAAGCGCGGUCACCAGCACAGGGAUAACAGAGGAAGAUGGGGAGGGGCCAGCAAGUUGCACAGGUUCAGAAGAGAGCAGCGAAGGCUUUGCUCUAAGUUCCGAAUCAGAAGAAAACGGAGAGAGUGCAAUGGACAGCACAGUUGCCAAAGACAUCACCAACAUACCAUUAGUCGCUGCUGGUCCGUGCGAUGACGAAGACAUCGUGACCAGCACAGGCGCGAAGGAGGAAGAUGAUGAGGGGGAGGGUGUCGUGACCAGUACUGGAAGAGGAAAUGAGAUAGGGCAUGCGUCAACAUGCACAGGGAUUGAGGAAGAAGGUGAAGGGGUGUCUGUCUGUGAAAGUGCAGAAGAAGGGGAUGGUCGGAUUGGCACUGCGGUGGGGCAUGUGGAAGCCGAGGCCGGGGCUGCCAUCCCGAAUGCAAAUGAGAGUAAUGUUGAUAGCAUGAGCGGUGCCGAGAAGGACAUUAAAGAUGCAGAGAUCUGCUCCAGUGCCAAAGGGAUUGUGGAAAGCAGCGUGACCAGCGCAGCUGCAGGAAAGGGCGAAGUGGCUCCAGUUCGUGAAGGUUGUGAGGGUCCCAUGACUAGUGCGGCUUCAGAUCACAGUGACAGUCAGCUCACCAGAAAAGAAAAAGUCGACGAUACCACUAUUUCCACUGGCCUGGUGGGGGGCAGUUAUGAAGCUCUUGUAUCCGGUGCAGCCCCAGAAUACAAGGCUCAUCACACGUCACCAGGUGAAAAAGCAGAUGAAGGUAUCAUCACCUCUGUGGAAAAUGAAGACUGUGACGGCCUUGUGGCUGCUAAAGCCAGUGUCAGUAUUACCAACCAGGCUUGUUUAGCCAGCGGUAAAAGUCAAGGCAAAGGCUUGAUGAUUUCUACCAGUACAACAAAUGAUUUCACCCUGCAGCUAAACACGAUGGUAGACAUAGAAGAAGGUCAUUCAAGUGCCCUGAGAACUGAAGAAAGCGUGGAAGGCCCCAGAGUGAAUGUGGAAGAAUUCGAGGCCCCCAUGCCCAGCGCAGUGUCAGGCAAUGAGAGCCAACUCCCGACUGCAAGAAAUGAGGAGAAAGACGAGUGUGCCAUGAUUUCCACAAGCAUAGGGGAGGAGUUCGAAGUGCCCAUUUCCAGUGCAACAACCAUCCAAGGUGCCGAGAGUCAGCAGCCAGUUGUAGCAGUUGAAGAAAGAGCUAAAGGGCCAGUCUUGGUGAGCGCUGAUGACUUUGAUGUGCCCAUGCCCAGCGCACCUGCGGAAGUUGAGAGCCCCCUUGCUUCAACCAGCAAGGAGGAGAAAGAUGAGUGUGCCCUCAUUUCCACCAGCAUCGCAGAAGAGUGCGAGGCCUCUAUUUGUGGUGUGGCUGUGGGAAGGGAAUGUGAGCGAUCCAUCCUGGGCAUGGAAGAGAAAGAUGGGAGUGCCAUCAUCUCAACAAGCUCAGUAGAAGACUGCGAGGGCCCAGUGUCCAGUGCUGUCCCUCAGGAGGAAGUCCAUCCCUUGGUCACACCAGUGGAGGAGACGAGUGACACCGCCAUGAUUUCCACCAGCACCUCGGAAGGAUGUGAGGCAGUCAUGGUGGGUGCCGUCCCACAGGAUGAAGAUCAGCCCGCCAUUGUGGGGACAGAGGACUUGAGUGAUGCCGCCAUCAUCUCCACCAGCACAGCCGAAUGUGUGCUGGCCGCCACUGGCCUAAACAGGCACGAAGAGAAUCAGCUGACUGCAGGCAGCCCUGAAGGAAAAGAUGACCUGUCAGCCUCGAAGAUGAGCAAGGCUGAGGCCCCUCUGUCCAGCCUAAUUGCUGGGGACAACUGUCAGUAUCCUGGGCCAUCCACAGGAGAAAAAGAAGUGGGCCCCGUGGUGGCAGUGGGCACCAGGGAAGGGCAUGACAGGGUGUCGGUCAGCAUGUUCUCUGCAGGUGCUGGAUGUGCACCAGAGACAGAGAAGUCUGGCAAGGACUGUGCGGGCAAAGUUCAGAGAGAAGAUGAAAGCCCUGAGGCAGGGACGUCAGGGGACAGCACUCCAGGCAGGUGUCCGGCAGGGGUUAGUGUGGACUUGCCUCUCCACCCUCGAGGACCAGAGCAGGCAGCCGAGGACUCCUCCAUCAGGGUGCUCUGUUUGACAGCCCUAAACACUGGUGCUAAAAAAGCUGAUGAUCAGCAGGCGCCUGAGGGUGACUUGGAAACCGCCACUGAAUGUAUUAAUGGCCAAGGAUCAGAAAUUGCUCCUUCUCACAUGACAGUCUUUCCUGCUGCCUACGCUGUAGCUCUCUUGGCUCCUACAUGCAAGCAGGACUUGACUAUCAGGAGCGAUCGCAGUGGCAAGUGGAUUGCUCCAGCGUCUGCUGAGCAAACAGGAGAUGGUAACAGCAUGACCGUGUCCUUCCAGGAAGAAGGAGGCCUUGAAGUCACUGUUUCUUCUGAAGAAAAUUUGCGUAACACAGGCACUGAAGAGUCUCCAUUGAAUGAUUUGGGAGGAUUGGGACUGAAAGCCAACUUGAAAACUGAGGUAUUUGUGCCAUCAGAGGAAGAGAAAAAUCAUGAAAUUCCAGCACCACCAGAAAGUCCAAAUGAGAGAAAGCUGAGUGGAAUCGCUGAACUACGGAGGGAGCCUUUGUUGGUGAUUGAAUCACUAAAUGUCGAAAAUUCAGGCUCAAAAACAAAUGAAAUUCAUAGCAAAUCUCAAAGCAAAGAAGAGAUAUCCAAUAGUGGAAAAGACAACACAGAAGCCAUAAGAAGUCAUAGUGUUGAAACAAAUCCUAAAGAGGUUGAAGAGGAAGAAAGGCACAGGCCUAAAAGAAAAAGAAAGAAGCAGUACCUCUCUUCAGAAGAUGAACUGGAUGAUAAUCCAGAUGUCCUGGAUUCCAAAAUAGAAACAGGACAGAGGCAAUGUUCUGAAGCUGAGCCACAAGAUACAAAGGAAGAGAACUCUGGAGAUUUGGAAGAGUUACCUAAAACAAGUUCUAAGACAAACAACACUGCUUCAAGGGCCAUGGAAGAAAAAGAUGAAUACAGCAGCAGUGAAGCUGCUGGCGAAAAGACAGAGCAGAAUGAUGAUGACAACAUAAAAUCUCAGGAGGAAGAUCAGCCAGUAAUUAUUAAAAGGAAAAGAGGAAGACCUCGUAAACACCCUUUAGAAACAUCAUUGAAAACAAAAGAUGACUGCAAAACAGAUGCUGGCAUUGUCACUGUAGAACAGUCUCCACCUGGCUGCAAACAGAAAGUAAUGCAAACAGAUGAGUCCAAUAAAGAAACACCUAACCUACAAGAACGAAGUGGAAGCAAUGAUGACAGUGAAGAAAAAUCUGUGGCAAAUGUGCGUCGGAGAGGAAGAAAGCCCAAGCGUUCACUCACUCUAUCAGAUGAUGCUGAAUCCUCAGAGCCAGAAAGAAAACGCCAGAAAUCAGUUUCUGAAGCAACUGAGGACAAGAAAGACCAGGAGUCUGAUGAGGAAGAGGAAGAAGAGGAGGAGGAUGAGCCCACAGGAGCCACCACAAGGUCCAGCACCAGAUCAGAGGCUCAGAGAUCAAAGGCACAGCUCUCCCCUUCUACCAAGCGCAAGAGAGAAGCCAGCCCUCCCGGGGCACGUACCAGAGGCCAGCAGAGGGUGGAGGAGACCCCGGUGAAGAAGGCAAAGCGGUAAUCUGACUGCGGCCACCCCUGGCUGGUCCACAAGGGGACAUGGUAGAGAGAAGAGGGACAAGCCUCAGGGCCACAGGCUGUUAUUUUUAACCAGGGGAAGGCCGUGCAUGUGCUCCAAGUUCCUAGGUGCAAGCUUUUUCUUGUUAUGUUUUAAACAGCUUUAUAAACUAUUGUUCAUAGAAGUAUUAUGUACAUUUAUUUCAGAUAAAGGAAAAUAAGUUUACUUUGUACCUGAACUCAAAACAAAGUAGUUGUAUAUUUUAACAUUUGAAAUUGGGAUUUCCCGAUGUGACACAUCACUCACGCAAACCCUUCCAGCCCAUCAGACACCAGGCUGCCAAUUGGUAAUCUGUGUACAGUAUAUAAACAUGUAAAAACAGGUUGUAUUUUACUGUAUGUAUGAUGCUAAUCAAUGAACACUUUAUUUAUUUUACAGAGAAAACUUAUCUGUGAACUUUACUAUAUAUCUGUUUAUUUUAUUUUAUUUUUUUUAAUAAAAAAAAAGGGUUUUAAAUGCUAUGCAGUCAUUAGUAGAGAUGUUUUAGGACUCUGCCUGCCCUGUAACUAUCUGAAUCUCAUCUGGCAGGAAA